AUGUCAAGCAUCACCCGCCACCGCCCACCCUUCCCCUCCGGCUGGUCCUCAUUCCCCAUCUCCCCCUCAAAUCUCACCCUCGCCAAUACACUUCCUAUCGGUCAAUCGUUCCUAUGGCACCGGCAUCAGCUGCUGCCUGAAGCUGCAGAAUUGGACACCCCCGCGAAAGAGAUCCCAACUGAGGAGUUCUCGCGCGCGCUCCUCGACCCGCCCAGGGUCGUCUGUCUACGCCAGACCACUUCAAGGGUUUACUACACCGCCAUAUACCCAGAGGAGACACAGGAUGAGCUGGAUAGAAGAGGCGGCGUGACGGAGAAAUGGCUGAGAGACUACUUUCACCUGGACAAGUACCCCUCGCUUGAAGCGAUGUACGCCGAAUGGAGGGAGCGGGAUCCGAACAUGUUUGGGAGGCUGGAGAUGGCAUAUGAGGGGAUGAAGGUCGGGGAGGGGGGGAGAGCGCGGGGAGUGAGGCUCUUGAGGCAGGAUCCAUGGGAGUGCUUGAUAGCAUUCAUCACGUCCACAAACAACCAUAUACCACGGAUAGCGGGUCUGAUGCACCGUCUCGGAACGCACUUCUCGCCUCCUCUGCUCACUCUGCCUGAUCCCGCACACGACGCUCCGCCCGCCGCUGGACCCUCCACACCGCCGCCAACAGCCGACUCCGACGUUCCCACUACCACAACCUACCACCUCUUUCCUGCACCGCACCUCCUUCCUGUCGUAUUGGAACAGACACUUCGGGAUAUCGGCUUUGGAUAUCGAGCGGGAUUCAUCGAGUCCAGCCUGGCUACCUUGCGGACGGAAUUUGGAGAUGGACCUGGAGAUAUCGAGCGGGGAUUGGCAGGAUGGCGAGGUGGAGAAGUUGACGUCGUCAGGGAGAAGCUGAUCGGCCUGAAAGGAGUGGGACGCAAAGUCGCAGACUGUGUGAUGUUGAUGUGUCUUGACCAGCCCCACCUUAUCCCCAUCGAUACCCACCUCUCCGCCAUCGCCGCUCGACAUCCCCUCUUCCCCUCUCGCCUGAAAAACAAACCCAUGUCCAAAGCACUGUACGAUGAAGUCCAAGAGUUCCUCCUGGACAAAUGGGGUCCCAUGGGCGGAUGGGCCCAGGCGGUCAUGUUUGCCCUGGAAUUACCGGACGCUACUGUCUCGAAAGGCGCCAAGGGGAGCGGAGCGGGGUCGACCCCAAAGAAGACUCCAAAGAAGGGGACGGUCAUGUCGGAGAUUGGAACGCCGAUCAAGGCGGAAGAAGGGGAGGAUCUGGUCAAGCUCGAAGAAGUGGGAGAGGGCUCGGCGCAAGCAUGGCGCACGCCAGUCAAAGAACCGGGAAUGGGUCUCGACUCGCCAGCGCCAACGCCGACCCGGUCGAGGAACGGAUCCACGUCCAAGCGGAAACUAGCCACGCCGAAGCGGGCGGCAACGAUGGGUGACCAGGUCAAGACGGAAGAAGGGGAGGGGGAUGUGUUUACUCCGGGUGGACUACCGGCGGGGUAUGGGUUUAAGAGGACAAGAAGCGCUGCGAGGGUUGAGCUACAGAGGAAGGAGUCGGGGGUGGGUGUCUUGGCGGAGGACGUGAAGGGACUGGGGUUGGAUGAAUGA